UCCCAAGCAAUGCACCAGUCCUGGGCACCCCAUGCUGCGAGCUGGGCCUCCACUGUUGCCGUCUGCACCUUGACCCAUCGGCACGUUUCUUUGCACUGCACAGGAAUGAGAUUACGCUGCUGCUCGCUCAGUGAUGCGGCGGGGAUUAUUUACAUCACUUCUGCCUCCGUAUGCUUCUCAGUCACCUUCCCAGGCCUGGAUGCACUGAGGCCCUCAGGGGGGGCACCGAGGAGCUUUUCGGCGGGGCUGCGGCUGCUCCCCCUGCCCGGCGGCACCUCGCACCGCCUGUCAGGCGCCCGGCGCCGCCUCCCGCUCCUCCCCUCGCCGCCGUCACCCACCGGAGCCUGGCCGCUUUCCCUUCCACUCGCCCGGGCGGCUGGGGCCGCUUCCCCGCCCGGCGGAGCCCGGUGACCUUGCGGGGCUGCGGGAGCGGGCGGGCCGGGCAAGCUGAGCGGGGAGCGGGCAGAGAUGGCGGAGGGCGGCGAGGGGAGGAGGAGGAGGAGGCGGCGGCGGGGGAGAAGGGGGAGAUGCUGGGCGCCCCGCCGCAGCACAAUGGCUUCCUCCCCGGCAAGGAGGCGGAGAACGGCGGCCCCGGAGGAUGCACGGUGGCGGGCGGCCGGGUGGAGACCCGGCUGUCGCGGCGGCGGCUGGCGGUGCUGGCCGUCUUCAGCUGCUACUCGCUGGUGAACGCCUUCCAGUGGAUCCAGUACAGCAUCCUCAGCAACGUCUUCGCCCACUUCUACGGCGUGUCCUUCACGCAGAUAGACUGGCUCUCCAUGGUCUACAUGGUGGCCUACGUGCCGCUCAUCCUGCCCGCCACAUGGCUGCUGGACGCCCGUGGGCUGCGCCUCACCGCGCUGCUGGGCGCGGGGCUCAACGGGCUGGGCGCCUGGCUCAAGUGUGCCAGCCUGGCGCCCGGCCGCUACGCCAUCACCAUGGCGGCCCAGGCCGUCUGCGCCGUCGCCCAGGUCUUCAUCCUUGGGCUGCCCUCGCGUGUCGCCUCCGUCUGGUUCGGCCCCUCCGAGGUCUCCACCGCCUGUGCCGUGGCCGUGCUGGGCAACCAGCUUGGCACUGCAAUUGGCUUUUUGGUGCCACCUGUUUUGGUUCCAAAUACACCGAAUGAUAUUGAUCUAAUGGCACAUAAUAUAAGCAUCAUGUUCUAUGGAACAGCGAUAGUAUCCACUUUGUUCUUCUUAACAGGAGUUGUGUUUGAAGAAAAGCCUAAAUAUCCUCCUAGUCACUCUCAAGCACUUCUGCAAGCUAUGCCUCCUGAGGAUUAUUCCUACAAGCAGUCGAUUAUUAACUUAGUCAAAAAUAUUCCGUUUGUACUCUUGCUGAUCAGCUACGGUAUUAUGACUGGAGCAUUUUAUUCUGUCUCCACAUUAUUAAACCAGAUGAUAGUAACUUAUUAUGAGGGAGAAGAAGUGAACGCUGGGAGAAUUGGCUUGACACUGGUGGUGGCAGGAAUGGUGGGUUCGAUUAUUUGUGGUUUGUGGCUGGAUUACACUAAAAUACAGUAAGCAAACCACUCUGAUCGUUUACAUCCUCUCUUUCAUUGGGUUGGUGGUAUUUACGUUCACCCUGGACCUUGGACAUCUCAUAGUUGUUUGUGACUGGAGGAGUACUUGGGUUCUUCAUGACUGGCUAUCUCCCACUUUGGUUUGAAUUUGCUGUGGAAAUUACAUACCCAGAGUCUGAAGGCACUUCGUCAGGUCUACUUAAUGCUUCAGCACAGAUAUUUGGAAUUGUCUUUACACUUGUUCAAGGGAAGCUUACAACAGACUACAGUCCUCGUGCAGGAAACCUCUUUCUCUGUGUGGCUGUUUGUGGGCAUUAUCUUAACAGCCUUAAUAAAAUCAGAUUUGCGAAGACACAAUGUGAAUUCAGGGAUUAUGAAUAUGGAUGUUAAACCUGUACCAGUUGACAGUCCUGUAGAACAUGAAAAUUGUACUGCUUUAAAAAUCCAAUCAGAUUUAUAAAUCUGAAAGAAGAUGACUUAGAAACACACAAGUUUGGUUGAAUACUGAACAAUAUUAAAUAGUGUAAUCACUUAUAUGGACUUAUAUGGAUAGUAAAAUGUAUUUGGUGAUGAAUUCAGUGACGAUUGUGUGGUGGAAACUGAAAGUGGUCAGUUCAUUUCAACCAAGAUGCAAACAACCCAACUUUGUAUGGAAUAUUUAUUUUAAUGGUUUUCAAGUUUUGCAGUUUCACUGGUGAAGAACUGUCUGAAUGCUCUCCACCCUAGGAAGAAAUGUACAUCCAUGAUGCACACUGAAAAGAUGUGGAAUCCUAAAGUAUGGUCAUGAUCAGAAGUAAUUUUGAUUUCAAGGGGGAGAGGGAGGAAAGUUAAUUUCUUCUUCAGUCCUUUCUAGUGCAUUUGGAAAGUCAGAGUACGUAUAGCUGCAUGACUGAGUGUAUUCAUAUUCUUUUUUAUUUUUUUAAUUUUUAUUUUUUUAAAUGUCUCUGAAGUAGGCCAAUAGUCCCUUCUGGAAAACUGUCUAUAGCACAAAACUGAAAACAAAAGAUGACUGCAAAUGUGAGUUUUGAGUUUCUUUUGCCUUGAAAUUUCUUGAUGGAUACCAGAAGGCAGGUGAGGGAAAAACAAACAAACAAAAAUACCAAACCCACAACAUAUUUCUUAUUUAAUACGAUAAAAAGGAGAAAGACCAUAGAUAUCUCUACUGCGAAGUAUUUAUAGGCAACGGAAUGCUACUGCAUGGGUUUCUUCCUGAGCAUUUUGAGUGCUUUCUCAGUUAAAGUGAGAAGAAUAUGUUUACAAAGAGAUGGUGCCUUUACUUUGUAAAGAAGAUACUUGCCUCAUCUUGAGUUGAACUAGUGCUGCUGAAGAAAUUCCAUUUUGCAUGUUAAACUUCCUGAGUAUUUGUGGAGUAUCAGAAAAUGUGUUGUAUAUUUUUCUCAUUUCUUUCUUUGUGUUAUGAAUUGUAUCAUUUAUCUCCUGUGAUUUUUUUAUGCUUAUUUUAUAACUUUGUGUGCUCAUAUAAAAUGAGACAUGAUUUACUGUUAAAAGCUGUAAGGAUGACUGAAAGGAAAAUAAUGAUGUUUUUCUCUGUCUGAGAUAUUUGCUGUUUAAGUCAUGUAUCUUAGAUUCAAAAGGAACAGACUUCUUUGCCAUUCGCUUUGUGUUAUUACACUUACCUGAAUGUGGAUUUCUCACUGCAGUGCUUCUGAAAAUAUUGUCCUUUUCCUUGUGCUGUAAAACCCAACUACAGAAUUGCUAGCACUACUGUAAUGCCAAGGCUCUGCUGUUACUGAAAAGUCAAACCAGAGUUAGCAGCAUUUAGGCUUUGGCAGCCUUUAAGUUGAGCCUGCAUUUUCAGCACCAUCAAUGAUGUAGCCGCUGAGUUCCCACAGAUUAGUGCCAUUCAGAAGGUGGAAUCCUGCUUGAAGUUUUCCAUGGAUUAAUAGUUAGGUAUGGGGAACUGUUUAACUCCCAAGAUAGACUUUCAAUGUGAUGAGUAUAAUUAAAUGUUUUUGUUUUGUUUUGUUUUUAAUAGAUUUAGAGAAUCUUUAUAUUAAAAGGAAACUGUAAAUGCAUCUUUCUAAACUUGGCCUCUAAACUUUUUUCUUAAUUUGGCAUUUUGUAUGAUAAAUGCUUCAGACAUGAGAAGACUGAAUGGCAGUGUAUGCAUCAGAAAAAGACAGGUAUGUUUGGAACACCUGUCUUUCGAAAAAGGGUCCAUGCCUCUUUGUGGGGUCCAGUGCUAGAGAGAAAAUAGGCACACCUUGCUGCUUCUGGGCAGGCGAGAAGAGUCCUCUGGUGAGGUAGCUGAAUAGGGGAAAAGUAGAUAUUCAAAUGGGAGGUGAAAUCAUAGGAGGGGAGGCAGAGAGAUUUUUUUUUAUGUCAGUUCUUUAUGUUAAAUGACUUGCUCUGACACAAGCUGCCCCAGACAGGGAUAUACGCACUUUCAGACUGAGAGAGCAAAGUGAAAGUUCCUGCCUUUUGAUAUCUGUGGGUGGCUUUUGCCUUUGGAGAAGUGAUUAUACUAUGAUACACAUAAAACUAUUCCGCAAGAUACAGAUUCAGUAAAUAUCGCCUGUGUUCGUCGCCUCUGGUUUCUAUGUACUUCUGCUGUUGCAAAACUUUAGCAAAACCUUCUCUCUGCAGGUUUGGGGAAGUGCUUUCAACUGCCCAGCAGAAAGUCUUUAGCAGUCUCCAGAAUGCUUUCUGUGUCUGGUACACAGCGUUCAAAUUCCAGGAUUGAGCUCUUAUUUUUUUUAAUUUAUUUUUAAAAUUCCUUUCCUCACUAGUUUCCAGUAGCUUCCAGUUUCUUUAGUUCUGUUUAGUUGAUUAUUGAAAAAUAUUCCAGCCCUACUGCCUCCUCGUGUUUUUUAUCUUCUGCCAAAUUACUUGGCUACCCCCGAAAAUGUCCAAACAAGCUUUUUGGCAUGCUGGAAAGCUGCUGGGUCCCUAAAAAAAAAUACUUCUAAUAAUGACGGCUUAAUUACAUCCUGGAUUUAAUACUCCUCAAAAGGAACUUGAAAGUUGGAAACUUGUGAGCGUAUAUUUAUCUGAAAGUUAUUUCUGGGCAAGAAUUAAGUAUAUAAAUAAAAGGCUCAGUAGCAAAAUGAAAAACAAAUAAAUCAAUAUUUUACGCAA